UCUGCUGCCGCACUUAUUCUCGCGCCUCCCCAGGGACGGGCCAAAGAAUGGCGGGCUAGUCACCUCCGGGUCCUGUCCCCGCGGGGGCCGGAAAAGACUCCUCAAGUCGGGAUCCGGGGUCACUUCCCUCGCCGCGUGAGCCUACCUGUAGACAGCGGUCUCACGGACCAAACACAUUUUUCCCAGAAUAGAUUUUUAUGAGCAUUUUCUUUCUUUAUUUUUUUUUUGAAAUAUAUUUUUUGGCCUUUCUGAGUAUAAAUCAGCUACCGCUGCAAGGCGUUAUGCUGUUAGUCUUAUCAUAGGCAUGGUCUUUGCAGUGCCCUAAAUGUAAGUGCCAGUGCAUCCUUCUCUGCUUCUGUUAAAGUGAUCCUCUUUAUUUGAGUGCGAUGAUCUUUACUAUUACACUUAUAUGGCAACUAUUCUUAGGCUGUCUCCUAACUACUUGCUUUUAAAGAAAAAUAACUGACAUAAAUUGAGCGCUUAUUUGUGCCAUCAUGGUGCUAAGCUUAUAAAAUGGAUUGUCUCACUGACCCUGAGAACCCUUUGAGGUUAAUCUCCCAGAGAAGAGAUUAGAGGCAGCCAAGGAGGAUGCUGUUGAACCAGUUAGAAGAUUUUUGCAGUCAUCCCAGCAAGAGAUGAUGAUGAUGUGAACUUGGGAAAUGGCACAGAAGAUAUAAAACAGAGGACAGAUUUCAGAGGUUCACAAUCUCUACUCUGCAAUUCCAAAAUAAGACAAAAACAGAAAACACUCUGAAACUCAAAAGUGUUUUGUGUGUUUGGCACCAGGACUCUUUGACGACAAAACAAACCGUGGAUAAACAUGAAGUCUCUGUUUUCUCAGCACUCAUAUCCUUUCAUCACACAUGCCUCUGUUAUUUGCUGACAUUUUGUGACUUGGGAAUUAAUAGCAUUGGAAAAUGUCCAAAAGAGUUAAAGAUAUACCUGUGGAUAACAGUGAGAAGAAGAAAAGGAAGCAUCUGUCUUUAUCAAUAGCUCAGAAAGUAGAGUUAUUACAGAAGCUCGAUGCUGGUGUGUCUGUAAGGUGUCUUACUGAAGAGUAUGGUGUGGGGACCACCACAAUAUAUGACUUAAAAAAACAAAAAGACAAAUUGCUGAAAUUUUACAGUGACAGUGAUAACCAAGAACUAAUGAAAAACAGAAAAACAUUACAUAGGGCCAAAAAUGAAGAUCUUGACCGUGUGUUGAUUGAAUGGAUUCGACAACAGAGAAGCAAAGAUAUGCCACUGACUGGUUUGUUGGUCAUGAAACAAGCUAGAAUAUAUCAUGAAGAACUAAACAUUGAAAGUGAGUGUGAAUAUUCAGAAGGGUGGCUGCAAAAAUUUAAAAAGCGUCAUGGAAUCAAAUAUCUUAAGAUGUGUGGUGAAAAAGCUUCUGGUGAUCAUGAAACUGCUGAAAAUUAUAUUGAUGAAUUUGCUAAGAUAAUAUCUGAUGGAAACCUUAGCCCUGAACAGAUUUACAAUGCUGAUGAAACAGCUCUGUACUGGUGCUAUGUUCCUAGAAAAACCUUAACCAUGGCUGAUGAAAAGGUACCAACAGAUUUCAAGGAUGCCAAGCAAAGGUUAACUGUUCUUGGAUGUGCUAAUGCUGCAGGUACACACAAGAUAAAACUGGCAGUGAUUGGAAAAAACCUUUAUCCAAAAUGUUUAAAAGGUAUAGGCAGUUUACCUGUGCAUUAUUAUGCAAAUAAAAAAGCAUCAGUAACCAGAGAAAUCUUUUCUGAUUGGUUCAACAAACACUUUGUGCCAGCAGCACGAGCUCAUUGCAAGAAAGCUGGAUUAGAAGACAAUUGCAAAAUUUUACUGUUCCUUGACAACUGUUCUGCACAUCCCCCUCCAGAACUUCUUGUGAAAAGUAAUGUUUUCAGCAUCUUCCUUCCCCUCAAUGUAACAUCUGUAAUACAACCUUGUGACCAAGGAAUUUUACGGUCCAUGAAGAGCAAAUAUAAACACUUUUUCUUGAACAGCAUGCUUGCUUCAGUCAACAGAGGCCUGAAAAUCCAGGACUUCCUUAAAGAAUUUAGUCUUAAGGAUGCUAUCUAUGCAAUUGCUAAUGCUUGGAAUGAUGUUGAUAAAUUAACAUUAACGAAUGCUUGGCACAAACUUUGGGCUACAAUGAUGUUUGAAAAUGACCUUGCCGAUGAGGAUUUUGAAGGAUUUAGAGACUCUAAUGAGAAGAUCAUGAUAUCAAAACUUAUUACUUAUGCCAAAAGUUUAUCAGCUGAAAGUGUAAAUAAGUUAGAAGAGGCUGACAUUGAAGAAAUAUUGAACAUUGAUAAUGACGCACCUGUUGUGCAUCCUUUGGGUGAGGGGGAAAUUGCUGAAAUGGAUAUAAAUACAGAUCUGUAUGAAGAUAGUAGCAGUAACGAUGACAUGAACACGGGUGAAAAAAUCUCUAUAGAACACCUGGUGAAAAUGUGUGACCAGUUAAUUGCUGGUCUUGAACAAUGUGCAUUUAUCAGUGAGCAAGAGAUCAUGGCAAUUUACUCAAUUAAAGAGAAAUUGCUUAGACAAAAACCUGUGUUAAGGAGACAGAUGACACUGGAAAAGGCCUUUUAGAAAGCUCUUUGUGGUAAUGCUUCUUUGUCACUUCUUUGUCUGGCUCAUUAUCAUAUAUCUAGCUGCCACCUGGUUUUAUAGGCAAUGGUAAUAUUGGUGUAACCUUUUCUCCAAGAUUCUCUAGGAACCAGAAGUGAUGAACAUUUAUUGCAUUUAUUGUGUUAUGGAUUAGUUUUCAUCAGAAUGAACUUAAAUUUUUACUUAAAAUUUUCCUUUAAAAUGAGAAGUUUUAUCAAAAGUAAAAGAAAUAAGAAGCUUAAAGUACAUAUAGUCUAUAUCCUAUUUCAUCUACCAGUAAGUUUAUUUACCAACAAAUUUUAUUUACUGAUACAUUCACUAAUUUAUUUAUGUAAAUAAAUCAUUUUAUUUAUGGUCUUUAUUCCAUUUUGUAUAAUUUUGUGUAAUUUGGUGUUGGGUAUUGAACCCAGAACCUCACACUCACUAGGCAAGCACUCCACCAUUGCUACAUCCCCAACCCUUCAUACAUUUCUUUACAGAAAUGUAUUAAUAUGUUUCAUUACAGGGUACAAUUUCAUACCCACUUGGUGUAUUACAAACUUAUAUACUAUAUGUAUUAUAUGCCAAAGAAUUCCAAUUUUUUUAUCUAUUGCAAAAAAAAUCUCACUUCCAAAACACAUGUGGUCCCCAAGGUUUUGGAUUAGAGAUUAUGGCCCUGAAAUACUAAACCUUUGUUUUGCAGAUCCAUUGAGAUGAUCCAUGUAAAGUGCCUGGUACAAAAUACUCAUUAAAUGAAGUUGCUAUUACUAUUAUUGUAUUAUUCUAUUCUUAAAAUGUGGGACAAAAGACCUUUCCGAUAUAAUAGUUAAAUAAGUUAACCUAAUGUAGUUAAUAAUAAGCACUCUUCAAAUUUUAUCACCCUAAGAGAAGCUUUGGUAAUAUGCUAAUGAUGUGUACUUGAGUAUCUCCUAAAUCUUCAUCCAGAGUUGGAAGCAUUUCCUGCAUCAGAAUAUAAAACAUGUCAUGCCACGUUGAAUUACAUUUCAUGUAAAUAAAAUGUAUCUACUUCUAGUUUUCUCUUUUUCAUCAUAUAAAUAUAAUUAAUCUGUAUCUGUCUGCUAAAUAUUCUCUCAGGUCAUUCUGCCACAAACACCACAUAAAUAAGAACUUAAUUGUGAUCAAGGGUCCUUAACCCUCUUUGUAUAACCUCCACUAUCAUAAGAAUUUGAACAUAACUGAAUAAAUAAAAUUGGUAUUCUAUGUAAUAAAUAAGGGUAUUCUCAGCCUGAUGAAUGUGAAUUGAUUCGAUAUAGCCUGAACUUUGUUUUGGUUUCUUUGUAGAAUUUGUUCACUUAAAAUAUAAUAUUUAUUGCUUCUCUUUCAUUA